AACAGAAAGGUGAUUUCUUUUUUUGUUUUUAAGUUCUUUUUCAACUUGCUUUUUGAAUUUAUGUAGUAAUAUAAAGUUCAAAGUAUGCUUCAUUUUUUGUAUUUUUUGGAAAUGAAGUAGAUGAUUGAAAAUAUUAUUUUGUGAUAGUCUUGUUUCAGUAUUAUCUAUUAGUCUAUGGGAAAUAACUUUUCUACCUUAUGGUUAUGGAUUGUGUGGACCCUAUUUUAUGAGAAUACGGGGUAUGUUGUUGUUGUAUUUGUGUUGGUGUUUAUUUUUCUUGAAAUAUAAUGUUUAUAGUUUCAUAGAGCUUAAAGUUUGCUUCUUUUUUGUUUUCUUGGAAAUGGGGUGUUUAAAGUUUGCAUCUUUGUUGAAUUCUUGGAAAUGGGGUGUUUAAAGUUUGAAUCUUUUUUGAAUUCUUGGAAAUGGGGUGUUUAAAGUUUUUCAUUUUUUUCUUUGUUGUUGUUGGAAAUGAUUUUUUUAUUUUGUUCAACUAUUUAUGUUGGUGUUUGUGGUGAAAAGUUGAAGUCAAACAUAUUGUUGUUUGGUGGAGAAGAUAAGAAAAAUGGGUUCAAUCAAUAAACCUUAGAAGGAAAUAUCUGCAAAAUUUGGUUCCUAAUAGAGACAAAAAAACACUAGUUGAUUCUUAUCUUUUUUGCGUUGGUGGAUAGAGUUACUUGGUACCUGGUGCUGGUGGGAGGUGUCUCUAGUGGGACGUGGCAGGUCAAAACGAGGAAUUUUUUUUAAAACCGGAUGUGUGCUUUAGCUUGUCUGAAAUUCUUGGUCCCUUCCUAUCCAGUAUAAACUUGAAACUUUUUGAUUAUGCAUGUCUGGUCUUGGGGUCAUUGCUGACACUGUUGAAAGAACGAUUACUUUAUCGGAUAGGACAAAGUCACUUGAUUCAUCGUUAAUUCAUGACAAUGAUAUUACCAAAUUGAUAAAUGGCGAAGUUUGUCUUACUUCUGAAACCACCAACUUUAGAGUUGGGGAGCUCUUAUUACCAAAUGGGGAAUCCUAUUCUGGGUCACUGCUGGGCAACAUACCCGAAGGUUCCGGGAAGUAUAGGUGGUCUGAUGGUUGUCGGUAUGAGGGUGAGUGGAGACAUGGGAUAACACAUGGGCAUGGGAAACUAGAAUUUCCUUCUGGUGCUGUUUAUGAUGGUGAAUUCUCAGGUGGUUAUAUGCAUGGUGAGGGGACGUAUAUUGGACCUGAUAAAGUGACAUACAGGGGCCGUUGGCGGUUGAACCUUAAACACGGUUUAGGAUAUCAAAUGUAUCCGAAUGGAGACAUAUUUGAAGGAUCCUGGAUUCAGGGAAUUCCUGAAGGACCAGGUAAGUAUACAUGGACUAACGGUAAUGUCUACUUUGGAAACAUGAAAGGAGGGAAAAUAUCGGGUAAAGGAACUCUCACUUGGAUUAAUGGAGAUUCGUAUGAAGGGAGCUGGUUUAAUGGUGCAAUGCAUGGCGUCGGUAUGUAUACGUGGUGUGAUGGUAGCUGUUAUAUUGGUACAUGGACACAUAGUCUAAAAGAUGGAAAAGGAACAUUUUAUCCUGGUGGUAGCAGGCUUACGGCUGGUCAAGAAUUGUACCUUAAUGCUUUGAGAAAACGAGGAUUACUGCCAGAUCUGAGAAAGCAAAAUCAAGUCUCACAUAUGCAUCAUGCUGCUUCAGUUGAUAUAGGAAAUGUCAAAGUAAGUGGUAAACUUCCAGAUAGCGACCUGUUAAAUUUGGGGCAGUCACGGCCGACAAAUGUUUCUCUCGAAAGACGAUGGAGUCUUGAAGUAGCCAUUGAGAAAGUUAUUGGACAUGAUUUAGAUGGAGAAAUGGAUUAUGAUAUGAGUGCUCCAAUUUUGGAAAGAGAGUACAUGCAAGGCAUCCUAAUAAGUGAGGUGGUCUUAAAUGAUCGCUUUUCACCACCAUCCAGAAGAGCCAGAAGGAGGCAAAAAAAACUUGUAAGGGAAUUAAAGAGACCAGGUGAAGCAAUCAUAAAGGGUCAUAGGAGUUAUGAUUUGAUGCUCAGUCUGCAGCUUGGGAUCAGAUACACUGUGGGGAAAAUUACACCUAUACAAAGACGAGAAAUACGGGAUGCAGAUUUUGGCCCGCGUGCUAGUUUUUGGAUGUAUUUUCCUAAAGGAGGAUCACAAUUGACACCUACACAUCAGUCUGAGGAUUUCAAGUGGAAAGACUAUUGCCCAAUGGUCUUCAGGAAUCUGAGGGAGAUGUUUAAGAUUGAUGCUGCUGAUUAUAUGAUGUCAAUAUGUGGAAAUGAUGCCCUUAGAGAGCUUUCUUCUCCUGGAAAAAGUGGCAGUGUAUUUUUCCUGUCUCAAGAUGACCGUUUCAUGAUUAAGACAUUACGUAAAUCUGAAGUUAAGGUUUUGCUGCGGAUGCUUCCGAAUUAUCAUAGCCAUGUCAGGACAUAUGAGAAUACUCUCAUCACUAAAUUUUUUGGACUUCACAGGAUAAAACCUUCCAGUGGACAAAAGUUCCGCUUUGUAGUAAUGGGAAAUAUGUUUUGUACGGAGUUGAGGAUCCACCGAAGAUUUGAUCUUAAAGGUUCUUCACUAGGACGAUCUGUAGACAAGGUUGAAAUUGAUGAGAACACAAUACUUAAGGAUCUAGAUUUGAACUACUGCUUUUAUCUAGAGCCUUCUUGGCGCGAAGCUUUAUUAAGGCAGAUCGAAAUCGACAGUAAAUUCUUGGAGGAACAGAACAUUAUGGAUUACAGCCUCUUGUUAGGUGUUCAUUAUAGAGCACCUCAACACCUACAAUCUCUCAUCUCGUGCAGUGGACGCACCACAACAGAUGGAUUAGAAAUUGUUGCAGAAGAAGAGUCUCUAGAGGAUGAAAUAUUGCCCCAGGGCCUUGUUUUGGUCCCUCGUGGGAGUGACGAUAGUGUCGUUGUGGGUUCUCAUGUCAGAGGCAGCCGAUUACGAGCGUCAUCAGCUACUGGUGAUGCCGAAGUGGACCUCCUCCUCCCCGGGACUGCAAGACUUCAGAUUCAGCUUGGCGUGAACAUGCCAGCAAGGGCGGAGUAUAUACCAAAGGAAGGUCAAACGCAGGUGUUCCAUGAAGUAUACGAUGUGGUGUUAUACCUCGGGAUAAUUGACAUACUGCAAGAAUACAACAUGAGUAAGAAGUUAGAACAUGCAUACAAAUCGAUUCAGUUUGAUUCUCUGUCCAUUUCUGCUGUUGAUCCAACAUAUUACUCGAAGAGGUUCUUAGAGUUCAUUCGGAAGGUCUUUCCUACACACGCGGUAGCAACUUAGGAAGAAUUCGAACACUUCCCCCACCUCAAACCCCCAAGCUGUUAACAUGGAAAUUCGUUUGGAACAUAAGAAUUGCUUUUAGCUCUUCUAAGGGGUGCCAGAGGAUACAUAUGUUGUUUGUAAUUUAUUGAAGAGUGUACAAUGCGGAUUACUGAUUUGUAGUUGAUAGCAUUGCUUUUCUUCGCGGGUCGUCGGAUCCAUAAUAUAAAGUUUAUAGAUUCAUAC